AUUAAUUGUGUGCGUUCUAGUUAUUUGUCUGUUUCCUGUAUAAAACAUACGAAAAAAUUGUCGCUACCGUUACGUGAACAAGUUACUGACAAUUACCACUAUCACAUUUGGUGAUAUAAGAGGCAAACCACUAUGUCUUAGUAGUUAGUUAUCUUGUGUGAAUAAAGAUGGCAAGAGGCAGGCGUAAGAUAGGUUCUUCAAAGAGGAAGACAGUAGAGCUGGGAAGGAGGAGGAGUGUAGACAUGGGUACACAUAACACAGGAAAUGGAGAUCAGGAAGAUGAAACAACCCCAGCAAGAAGGCAGAGUAAAAGAUUUAAAAGUGACAGUGAGUCUAUCCCUCUAGAGUUUGAAAAUUAUGAUGGUGAAGAUAACCUGAACAAACUUUCUUUGGAAAUAUUGUGCCAAAUCCUAAACUACCUUCCUUUCUAUGAUAUGAUGAAACUACAGGUGCUGAGCAGGAAGCUGUAUAAAGCUGUGUCAAUGAACUUGAGACUCACAACUUUUAUCGAUUUUACUGAAGGGGAGGACCAAGGGUGGCUGCCAGAGAAGUUGACCGAUUCAAAGCUCGGCAAACUUUUAGCACGGUGUCCCGAGUUGAUAACGAUUAAUGGUCUACACCCCAAGCUCUUGGCAAGAAGACGGCAGAUGGGUGUAGAUGUCCUGUCUGUGCCUGGCAUCAUCAGUGUUCUUGAUAACUGCCCAAAUAUCAUGUACCUCGAGACGUGUGAUAUCCGCCUACUUGAAGCUGUUGUGGAAUCCAUCCCUGGUGUUAUUAUUGAAAAUUUCAAAAAUCGCGAUGGGUGCUACCCUAUCCCUUCAUUUAAUCGCCUUUCACUGCCCACAAACCCCUCCAUUACCUCGUUGCACCUGAGUGGGGUGAUCCUCCCAGAGCUGCCCAGUAUGGAGUGCCUUCAGUCUCUCUAUCUGCAGUGGGUACGUCUGACCAAUCCACACCCAUUCAAGGACUUUGUGGCACCAUCUCUGAGGGUAUUUGUAAUGCGUAACUGCGCUGGGCCGCGCAAUGCUUUAAAGUAUGUUCCCAUGGUAACAAGUUUGGCGGCUGCUCAUCAACUGCGGAGACUGGAGCUGGUGAGGGUGCCUUAUCUUGGUGGCCUAAUUCAACAUGUGGUGGAAGACAGUUGGCGUUCCUAUGGUUUUAGUAACCUGAAGAAGAUAGCUUUUGGCACAUGCAAACAUGCUUUAGAGGGAGACUUGGGACAUCUAGUGAUAACUUGUUCAGAAAAUCUAGAAGAACUCCUUUUGCAACCCUCUCUGACAAAGGAUAGUGUGUUUGCAGCAUUGAGCUUAGCAGAUGUGGUCUUCCCAAACUUCAAGACUCUGCAUUUAGGAUUUGUAGAUGACUUUCCAGAGCCAGGGAAAUGGACCAAUGGGCAACUGGUGGCUCACGGGCUGGCGGAUAUUACAGAAAACCCGCCCAACAUCACAGACCUUGGCCUCCGGACGGCGGGAAGGGUUUUCCCCUCUAUGCAAUUCCUCACUAUAUACAACUGUCCACUGCUACAGAAUGCUCUGGCUUGGUUUGACUUGGCCUUGGUGCCAUGGAACAAUCUGAGAGAGCUGUACCUGCGGCGCUGUCACUCUGUGAAGCUGGACAGUUUCUGUAAACUGCUCCCCUUGCUGCAGUCCAUUGAGAGUGUCACACUGGAGAUGAUGUUCAGGGAGCCACCCAAGGGAUGCUCAAGGGUUGGAUUGACAGCAGGCACAGGAUUGGGUGUUUCUGCAGCCCUUGUGUCUAAUCAUGAUCCAGUUGUUCCACACAAUGCAGCCAAUCAGAAUGUUGCUGUGCCAAUGGUACCUCCCAACCCUCCUCCUCCAGCCAAUCCAGCUCCUGCUCAACCUGCCAAUCAAUCUGGUGCUCAGCCUUCUGGUCAGUCAGCCAAUCCUGAUCUUGCUCAACCUGCCAGUCAUCCUGUGAGCCAGCCUGUUGAUCCGUCAUCUGGUCCACCUUCCACCAGUCAGUCUUCUUCUAGUCAGUCUAGUUCUCAGCUGGCCACCCAACCUUCUGCAUCCAGUUGUCACGUUGAUCAUGGUGUUCAAGCAAAUGGAGGACUAUCAGUGUCAAGUAAUGAUGAGAACAAUGUUGUUUUUCAUGACGAUGAUGAUGGCGAUGAUGUUGGUGAUGAAAUUUUGUCACCACCUCCUAGUUUUUCAGCAGCAUCUUCGUCACAGUUGAGUGAAACUGAGAAUUGCGAGUUUGAUCCCAGAGAGGGAAGUAAGGAUCUAGAGCAAGAACCAGUAGAUGCAACUAGGCAAAGGGGCAUCGAUGGUGUUAAUGUGGGCACUGGUGAAUUGAGGACAAAAAUCUCACAGCCUGUGGCAGGUAAAGGGUGUUCUGGCAUUGGGGGACUGCACAGUGAAAGUUUCAGUUAUGAAACUGAUGAGUCACUGUCCAGUGAUUUACAUAUCCAAACUGAAAGCGGACCUGUCAGAAACACUUCUGACGGUUGCUCCAAGUGCAUUUGCUCGCAAAGCAGUAAUAAAUCCAGUAUCUCAAAACCUGAGAUGGACAGUAAAGACAGUAUUGACACAGAGUCCACUUGCACAGGAAAUGUAAGGGCAGAUUCUGAUGUACUUUACCCGGAAGGGGAUACAGACAUGAUCCAGAAUGGUGGAGCUUCUCCACUGCAAGCACAGAGACUUGUUAAGUCCAAAUCUGCUGUCAGUGCUCUGAGUUCUACAUGUCUUGUUAACAAAGAAACAAAGUGGGAGUCUAUUACAACUGAAACUAAUGGGGAGAAUCCCACACAUGAUAAUGAACCACCACCAAAGAAAUUCAAGCACAGUGAUGUCAAACAUAGUGGGGGAUAUGGUGAGAGAUCUGUUGCUACGUCGUCUUCGGGUAGGACUCCUUUGAGUGUAGAGACCCUUAAAACGCCCGAAUAUAAAGGUGACGAUGUCACAGUUGAAAAUAGUGAAACACAUGCUGAUGUCAGAGUGAACAAAGAGCAACCAAACAGUGCUGAAGAUUCUGAACAUUUAAAUAUAAAUCCCUGCCAAAAAAUAUCUUUAUCAUCAUCAUCAUCAUCAUCAUCAUCAUGCAGUGAUAGUAAUAGACAUGAAGGAAGUUGCAGUGACAUGCCAGCAAGUAGAAAUGGGAAUGAUACGGUGACACAGAAUGUUAGAAUGUGCAAUAGUCAAGACUUAACCAGUGGUGCUUGUGAUGUUGAUUCAACAGAAUCCAGUAUGGGAAAUGACCAAAAAGAUAGUGGAGAGGAUCUCCCUGCUCAUGUAUAUUGUGCUUCCUGCGGAUCUCCUACCUCGGUUAAAACCAAAGAAACACACGGGUCUUUGUCUGAGAAAGAGGCAAGUACUCCAAGCAGAAAAGGAAAAAGUCUCAUGGGCAGAAAAAAGGGAUUGGUUAAAAAAUCUGCUUCUUCUAGAGGUGGAGAUUCAUCUAGUUCAGGCUCUCAGAACAGUUUGUCUUGUGAUGUUAAUUAUGAAAGAGAUCAUUCUCUAAAUUCCAGUCAGGAUGUUUAUUCAGAUUCAGGUGAAAAUGUGGAGAAGGGGUUAGCUGAGAAAGGUGAUAGAGAAAUUGAAACAGAUUCUGAUCAAGUCAGUCAGUCGUGUCAGGCUACCAUGAGUGAGAUACGUGAGGAGGCAAAGAAGCAAGGUGGACAUUCCACAACUGGUUCUACUGUGGGGAAAAGCAGUUUAAAUGGUACUACGAACACUCCAAUAGGUGGCAGCAGCAGUGCUCAGAAAUGUAGGCAGUCUUCUUUCCAAAACAAAACAUCUUCUUCUCAGUCAUCUCCAGGUGAAUCCCCAGGUUUCCGUGUAUUGAGAUCAGGUCGACUGAUCAACUGCAAUUUUGGCACACAGACCUCUCUGCCUUUGGCAACAUUUGAUGGCUCUUCCUCGCCACAUAAACAGGAGGACCAAUCCAGUGCCAACAACAACACUGACAUCAGUCCAAGCAUAUCAGCUGACUGCCCAGAGCCCGCCCUGCCUCUACUGGUCCGUAAUGGUCCCUUGACCAGGUCAGCCGCUGCCCAUUUGAGGACGCCACUGUGCAGCCGGGGCAGUCAGACUAAUAUCUCUUACCUGGCUAAAGCUGGGUCCAGGAAAACCAUGAUGGUGGAUCAGUCCACCAGCACCAGUGACCCCGUGCAGGAGGAUGACCAUGUCCAGAUCUUCACUAUAAGGUCUGCCACAUUGAUAAACUUGAACCUGCACAAAGUGGGAAUAACUGACCUGCAUGUGGCUGACUGUCCCUCUCUCAGCUCUCUUAAUGGAUCAGCAUGCCGUGUCCUGAAGAAUGUGACCAUUCAGAAAGCACCUUGCCUCCAACAAGUGAAGUUUGCUCAGUGUAAGAAACUGAACCACAAAAACCUGGUGACUGAGGUGUCCAACAUUACCCCUGAAGACCACCGGACCGUCUUUAUCAGGCCAAUGGUGGAGUAUGAUCCAAUUGAAAUGGAGAAGAUCUUGAUGACCAACCAGAACUACAAUUUCAUCCUAGUGGAGGACCAUAGCCCAGAGCCAGAGACCUCUCAGUAUAACAGAACACGCUUACUGCAGUACACGGAAGUCCUAAAUGACAUGCGAGUUGAGGCCAAAGACUAUAAUCUAAUAGCAGACAAGGAAGGACAGAACAAGAAAAAGUGUCCAUACCCUUUUGGUAGACAGCUCUACAGGUCACAUGGUCAUCUUUCUAAUGGUGCUGAUUAUGAGUACCUCACUGACUUGGUGUGGUUCCCUGCUCUGGUGGAAGAGGCACUGAAAGUUCAGCCUUCUGGACACAGAGGUGGGAUAUAUGACCCCGUGGCUGCUGGGCAUGUAUAUAAGAAGGAUCAGGAUGCUCUAACGACCAUACCCAAAUACGACAAUGUCGCACACGCAAUGUCAGAAGCAGCUGAGGCAGGAAUAAAGAUACACGAAUACACCUUAUCCGUUUAUGUGGACAUGUGCGAUACAUCAGGCAUACCUGUGUCUGAUGUCUAUGUGUGACUGUGCACAGGACCUUUUGAAAUGUUGGAGAGUAUGAUUUCACUGAUAUUUGGACAGAUAUUUGGGCAUACUAGGACUGUGGUAUUUUUUUUAAAGUCUGAAACUCUUGGGCUAAGCUUAAAUGGCCAAACUUAGAUAGCCCACUAAACAACUAUGACUUUGAAAGCUUCCUAAGGGCUUUUUAGAAUGAUUUUUCCAAUACUGAAUGUAAUGGGCACAUAUGGGUGACUAACAGCUCUGGGAGGAAGGUUAUUUCUUAAGACAAUCACAAUUUGACCAAAAGGGUUAGUUAAAAGAACACAAAGAGACACUCUUUAUGAAGUGCAACUUAGUCAGCUAUAUAUUGGAAAGCUCAGCCUUAAGCCCCUAAAUCAACUUGAGAUUCUUUGAGAAAUAAAGGCCCCAAAGAUCCAAGGAUGGUGAGUACCCUUGGUUUAAGGGAUCUGUUAGCUACAUCAAGGCAUACUAUUACAAUUUACAUCAUCAUCUAUUGUGCCAUUUUUCUAUAUGGUCUCUCUGUCUUAAAUGUACAAAGUUCCCCUUUUCUUCUAUAAAACCCUAUAACAGAUAACAAGAUGAUGAUGAUCAAUAAGGAUUUUUAAUCCAUGUCAGAAGAGCUAGAACUCCUGUGGAGAAGAAUCUUACUAAUGAAAAACUCGAUAUGAUGCCAAAUACAGAAACAGAAAUUGUUUGAAUAUGCUUAUAUGCAUGUGCAAUAAAAGCAAAAUCUUCCACGUUUAUGAUUAUACGUAUGUGAGACCAUAGUGGAGAAAUUAUGGUUAUGGUUGCAAAAGUAAAGCUCUCAAAAUGUUUGGAUCUGUUGUUUAUUUUCAUAUAUAUUUUCCUUUUAACAAGAUAAUAUUUUUAAAGAAUGCUAGAUGAAGAUGUGUACAUUGUACAUCUCUGUGUGAUGUCAGUGAAAUGUAAUUUAUAGUAAACACCUGGUAGAGCUGAAAGAUAAAGAGAUUCCAUUCCAAUAUUUCACCGUCUCACAAGACACAUCCAUCCAGAGAUGAGGAUUUAGUUAUGAAAUAUUGGAAUGGUAAGAAUGGUAAAGCUGCUGUUUAAAGAGUAUUUUUAUUUUAAUUUUAUGUUUGACAUGACUGAUGAAGUUCCUUGUUUGAUCUGUGGUCAUCUACAAAUCAUUUUCCACAAUGAUAGAACAUCUUCAGAGGUGGUAGUCUAUAUUAGUUAUAGAAAAGUGGAAUUUUACAAUAAAACCCAACUUUAUGUAAACCUCGUAUAAGACCAAAAGGCAUUGAAUGAACAAUUUAUUUUGGCUGAUAAUUUGAUAACUUUUAGCAGAAAUGGGGUAGAUUCAUUUUAUUUUGCACAAUUGAUAUAAAAUUUGUACAGAUUUAUGCUCUCUUCAAUCAAUUAUUUGAAUUAAAGGGAUUUUUCAAGUAUGUUGUUGUAACCAUAGAAUGUAUGUUAUAAACGUUAUUUAUAUUUUCAGAGUUGCCAAAUUGACAGUACGCCUAUUCAAAAUGUGUACAACGAUUGCAUAGUUGUAUUAACAAUAGAACAACAGCUAUAAGCAGAGGGAGUCCAUCCCAAAUAAUAGGAAGAGCAUGCAUAGUGUUUGCAGCUCUGUAUUUUCACAUUAUUUUCUCAUUUACAUUGUUUCAUUCUCUUAUGUCGGUGCGGGUUAAGUCGCCCCGAGAUCAUAUAUUGUGUCAUAUAUUAUGACAUAUGGAAAUUGAAACUUGUAACAUAUUUAGAAAAAUUAAUUGCCAAAUAUUUGGUUGCUUGCAACCUUAUGCGGAUAAAAUGUAGCUUAGAUUAUAUUACUGUAAAUUCAAUAAAAAUAUCAAACGAUGUAUAUUAUCGUCUUUUCAAGUAGCAAACUUUUUUAUUUUAAAAAAUUAUUUCUACCUUUCAUAUCGGUAAGAUAAAUGGGCGACCAAAAACAAACAAACAAACAAACGAAGGUGUACACAUAGUAUGUACACGGAGUAACUACAUAUCUUUGCUUUCGUCCUAAAUACUCCCAUAAAAUAU